GGAAAAUUAUCAAUACACAACACGACACAAUUGAACUUCACUUUCGUUGUCAUUAAUGUCCCUUGUGUUUGGUCUUCUGCCGACGAGCUGCUGAACAAACUGUUGUUUCCUGCUUUUUUGGGUUUUAUUUUUGUUUACUGUUGAAGAACAGAACAAAUGGAGGAAGGGAAAGUCGACUAUCUACUAGUUCCCAUAGGGCUGUUUCUCUUGGCUCUUUAUCAUGUUUGGCUCCUCUUCACCAUUGUAAAAUAUCCCAAAAGAACUGUGAUUGGAAUUAACGCCGAGUCUCGCCACCAAUGGGUUUUAUGCAUGAUGGCUGAUCCCCUGAAGAAUGGUGUUUUGGCUGUUCAAACAAUACGUAACAACAUUAUGGCAUCUACACUGUUGGCUACAACAGCAAUCACACUUAGUUCACUGAUCAGUGUUUUUGUGAGCAGCAGUGCUUCAGACUCUGGAAAUGCAUUAGUUUAUGGCAAUACGACACACUUGAUCUCUUCAAUCAAGUAUUUUUCUAUCUUGCUGUGUUUCCUACUGGCCUUUCUUUGCAAUGUGCAGUCUAUUAGAUACUAUGCCCACGUAAGUUUCUUGGUCACUGUCCCUACAUCACAAGGCAAUAAGGAUUCCAUUGAUUACGUUGCCAGAAACUUGAACAGAGGAAGUUUCUUUUGGUCGCUUGGACUGCGUGCUUUCUAUUUGUCAUUCCCCCUCUUCUUGUGGACCUUUGGGCCUAUACCCAUGUUUCUCUGCUGCUGCAUAAUGUCAUUCAUUCUCUAUUUCUUGGACACAACGACCAGUUUUACACGGCAUCUUCACACUCACUUAUUCAAUGAAGAAAUGAAACCUGAUGAUCCGGAAUCAAUUGGUCAAACAAUGUAAGUGCUGCUGAAAAAAUCAGAUUAUAUUUUUUACUUGGUCCAACUUGAUUCAAUGAUUUUCAGGAAAACCUAUUUCAUGUGUGUGUGCAUGGAUUAAGAUCUUUUGAGACUCUUAUUAACUAAUAACCAUUACCAGAGUUUUGAAUUGUUUACCUUGUGGUUUGUUGAGAAUUGUUCUUUUAAUGAAGAACCAAGACCAAAAGGACAAUUCUAGAUAUCAGAAAGCAGUUGACUACCAGAUGUUGUAUAGUCUUGUUAGCCAAGGUGCAUGGCUGGAUGAAUGAUAUAAGGUGUCCUCUGAAAUUGACACUGGCGCUGACAUUUACCUUUACAAAAUUGGUUGAUGAAAAUUAUACUUUUUUGUAUAGAAUCAUAACAUGUGAUGAUUGUUAUCUGAGUGUUUCCACUUCA